CAAAAAACAAACAAAAAAAAAACAAAAAAAAAAACGCUGUUUUCCGUUUCUGAUCCAAAAUGGAUAAUGGCAGUGAACCCCCACAGAUACAUUUUUGUGAAACUUGCAAGGUGACAUGUACAAGCAGUGCUGAUUUAAAGCAUCAUAAGGCAGGACGGAAACACAAAUUGAGAUUGAAAACCGGGAAGGAGACUAGGUUGUAUCCAGCAAACUCCUAUCCUCCAGAUUCUAGCCUAGGCUUCCUGAGGCAGAAGGCUGGUGAAUCCCCCCACCCCCCUUUGCAAAAUUCAAAAACCCUGGAGCAGUAUCUUCAAAAUUGUCAUCCGCACGCCCCUGUUAUUGGUCUGCAGCAUGUGCUUGAGUUCCGUAACCCCAAUAAUGAGUUCCCCCCACAUUACUUCUGCAGGCUGUGUAAAGUCAAAGGAAGCAUGAACAUCUUUGUUGACCACAUCGUUGGAGUGAAACAUUGCAGCAAAUAUCUGAAAAGUAAACCUGAUGGUAUGAUCCCUGAGGAUGAUUUGGGAGAUGGACAACUGAACAAGAAAGUAGUAGUAGUAAAGGCAAAGCUUCUUGAGCAGUUGGAAGGAAGGGGAGUAAUGAAGGUGGUAAUGUCAAAUCGAGGUCCACCUUUUAACAAUUCAAACACUGAAUCAGGUGAGAGAUUUCCUCAUGGUGGCCCAGGUAGAUUGCACCCCAAUGAUUUUCCCCCUGGAAUGCACCCCAAUGAUUUUCCUCCUGGAAUUCCCCAUGGAGAUUUUUCUGCUGGUAUGCCCCGAGAUGAUAUUCCUGGAAUGCACCCUGAUGCUUUUCCAAGGAGAAGAUACCCAGAUUGCCCUGGAAGAAGAUACCCUGGUGAAUUUCCUAGUGGAAGUGUCCGUGAAAGCAGCCCUCUUAGAGGGGAGAGGAUGAGACCGGAAGCUGGAGUAAGAAGUGAAUUUGAAACAGUCAACAGAAGACAAGAAAUUGAUCAAAUGGUUCCAAUGGGCGGUAACCAAGUCUACAAGAGAACUCCUGAAGGGAGCUCCAUAAGUUCUCCAGUCUUUGAAAUUCUGGAAAGCUUCCGUAUAGAAACUGAGGGCGAUGCACAAAUGGUUCUGAAGAUCACACAGAAGCUGACUGACAUAUUGAUGGAGUAUCGGCUAAGAAGUUUUGCAUCAGUAAAUUCAUUGCAGCCUAAAAGCCAUGAACAGCCCUCUCGUCCUCAGGAAUAUCCUCCGAUGAGACUGUCUGGGAGAGAGGGCUACCAAGGUCCAUCCAGAUAUCCUGAUUGAAUGCUCACCUGCUUCUAGGAACACAUCAGGGAGGAGCUGAAACUGAAUCCCUGUUCUGAACGGACAGAAUCAGCAAUGCCCUGAUCUACUGCAGUGAAAGCUUUUUCCCCUAAGAAUUCACAUGGAUUUGAGUUAUUCCAAGUAAAGGCAACGAAGAAGUGAAUACCAAGGAAUUAAGCCUGACACUUUUCAACGUUUAAUUUAUUUGUUUAAAAUUUAUUUUCUCAGUGUUCUCGAUACCUGCGGUAGUUAUUGGCAUAAUGGUAGGUGCUUAUUGGCCACUGUGAAAUCAAUGCAGAACCACUUGGGUGUGUUUAUAUAUAUAUAUAUAUAUAUAUAUAUAUAUAUAUAUAUAUAUAUAUAUAUAUAUA